AUGCCCUUAUACACGCUCCAAGAUAACCACACCGCGGAGAUGAAAACUCUUCAUUUGGCAGACUGCAUAUGGCAGAUCAUCUGUCGCGAUUUGAAGCAUACUUUCGAAACACCCAACAUUGUCACCCGCUUAGAUACCGCAUCUCCAUCACCUCAAAGACCGCCUAUCAAAUCAGUGCCAGCAUCGAUCCCGCCACAUGAACCUUCAACCAUGAACAUUGAUACAGCCUCCGACCAGUUCAGUACGAUACCCGAGCCAGUGCCGCAACAAUCUCAACCGACCUUCUCUUCUGAAGCCUCUCAACCUCCUCAACCUCGCCUCUCAACAUUCCCAGCUACCUCCACACCAAACUCACAACCUACCUAUGCCUCAGUUUUACAACACUCCGGACCUUCUCUACCGAAAUCUACUUCCAAUACCAAUCAAUCCGUACCUUCCCCCAAACGCACACUCACAAUCGAGGACCUUUACCGCCGUUUCCACAACAAACCAUCACCAUUCCAACUCAGCAAGAAAACCAGCAAAAGCUCAGCUCGUCGAGCUCGCAACAAAAACGUAUCUGCGACACAAUCUCUAACCAGGUUUUUAAUCUCAGCCUUGCCAGCAUUUUCGAAACUCCUAGCCGAGAUGCAGCCAGCCGCGGACAAUUGUUGGCCGCCUUAUCUAGGAACCCAUUACAGCCGCGCCGUAAGGGCAGCCUAA